UCAUCAGUUCAAGUUCUCGAACUCUUACAAUCUUAUCAAAGCAUUUUAGCCGACAGCAAAUGGCAAAGAUCUUUGAGAAGUUUGUUGAGAAAAAUGACAUUGAUAAUAAAUUGAGGAUUCCUAGUAAUUCCAAUUUGGAAGCACUUCCACCUUGCAGGCCUGGUCAGGAAGCAAAGUUGAAGGUUGAAGAUGAGGAUGGGAAAAUAUGGGAAUUUACCUACACCAUUCGGACUGAAAACAGGGCAUUCUUCACCAAAGGUUGGCUGCAAUUUGCAGCUAGCAAAGGCAUUGAAGUUGGCAACAUGGUCACCCUUUUCAAAAAUGAUGACCAACACCACUUCUCUGGCUGUGGUGCUGAUCAGUACAAAAUUACAGUGAAAACUUAAGAGAAGGGAUCAUUAGUUGGCCAAUAUUCUGUCCUUGUAAGUCUUUCCUUACUGUCCUUUUUAGUAUAAUGUAAGAUAAUGUCUUAGGUUGUGAUGAGACCCUGCUCCUUGUGUUCUGUUUUUGUGAAAACUGCCGGUUUUUUUAUGUGGUCGAAGAUGAUGUUUUUAUAUGUAAGGUUCCCUUUCUUGCAAUCCAAAUUGCUCUGCAGUGUAAAAAAGGGAUUUUUCUUUG